AUGCCGGUCAGCAUGAACGAUGUCAUGCAGCUCCUAUGCCAUGUGUCUGACGAGCGGAAAAUGAGGGCGGCCUUCAAGCAUUCGGGGCGAGGAGCAAUCGUGGCUGGGGCAACUGCUUUCUUGGGAGGCUUGGUGGGUGGCCCUCCUGGCAUAGCCGUCGGUAAGUGAGGCUCUCUUUUUGCAGAGGGUCUGUAGAAACUACCUUGCCUUUUUGCUUUAGAGCUAGCGAUUCCCAAACUUUUUCGGACCCCGCAACCCAACUUGGCUCCAUAGUGGUUUGCAUGGCACUAUAAAAUUUAAAAUGGCAACAACGAAUUGCACAUUUAUUCCAAAUCCAAACUAUUUGUUUUGAACAAAGUUCAUGCCCUUGGUCCAGUGAUACCAGCUUUUCAAAAGUCUGAUAGUCUUUUACUCUUCCAGCGCUGCCCUGCACUUGCCUCUUAACAAUUCCCAGGGGAGGGAAUAGUACUUCCCAAUUUGGGGAACAAGCGAAUUAGAAUGUUAAUAUCCUGAUUUUGCUCAAAAACAGGAAACAAAAAACCAGCCCUGCAAGAUGGGGUGGCAACAAUAAAUUCAUAGCACAAGCCUAACCAUGUCUACUCAAAAAUAAGGCCUGUCAAGGUCAAUGGGGCUGACUCCAAGGUUAGAGUUGCAGCCUUAAUAAUAUGCCAUCAAAAUGUAACAGCAACCAAUAUGUGAAACAAAAUACGCUAAAGCCAAAUUCUGGUCUUCAUCCCCAUCAGGAGGUUUGCGCCCUGGAUUCUGUGCAUCUGCACAUGAUUUGCCACAUGGGGGUGUUUGGCAUUGGUGAGUGACGUGUGGCUUAAAAUACAUUUCUGUGCUGCUUUCCUAGGGGGCGCUGUUGGGGGCUUGUUUGGUGCCUGGAUGACCUCUGGGCAGUUUCAGCCCAUCCCUCAGAUCAUCCUGGAACUGCCUCCCACGGAGCAGCAGCGGCUGUAUGACAACGCCUACGCCAUCAUUGGGAAUUUAGACUGGACCGAUACAGCGCAGCUCAUAGCCCUGGUCAUGGGCAACAGAGCCAUCCAAGACCAGCUGCUUUGCAUGCUGACGAGCUACAUCACCAACGAGCUUAGAGCCGAAAUCAAGUAUGAAAACUAG